UGGAUUUUUGCCUGUUUUUUCAAACCAUUGAUUCUGCUUGGUGUUUUACUUGCGUGGUUAAGAUUAGUUAAAUUUCACUCAUACCAUUUGUUUAAACAAUUUAUCAAUAAGUAGCAAUUAUUUUCAAAGAUUUUCGUACUAUUGAGUAACAUGUCAACAAUCAAACAAGGAUCGGUAAAAGUUUUUAUGAAGGCUUUUGAAUAUAUAUGAUCUUGAAAUGUACAGAUAAUUUAGCAUAUCAAUACUGGUAAUCUCAGUUUGGAGGUCAGACCAGUAGUAGAAUCGAUAUAGGGUAAUGACGGCAGUAAUUUAUAAGUGAUAUCUUAUCUUUGAAAUAUUCGAAAAUCACAAGUGUUGAAGUAAAUAAUCUGUUGGAUAUAUUGCGCGAUUUUACGGUGUAAACUGAUUUCAACUGAAGUUUAAGAAAGUGUAUUUCUUUGGAUGACAUUUAAACAGGAAUAUCCAAUCUGUGUGCUGAAAGUAUAUAAAAAAUUCAAAGGUGACUUUUACUGUUUUUAAUGUGGAGUCUCGAAUCAACAUGUAACACUAUCGGGAAUACUUUCAAUUACAAAUCUCCUACAGACGAAACCAAAAACCUUCUUUACAGAACGUGAAGCUGUUAUGGAACAUACAUAAUAUAUCAGUAUUCAUGGACUUGUGACCCUGACAAUGAUAUAAAGGAAACAGUACAAUACAUUCGACACGACUGGAAUGGAAUAAUAAUGAGACUAUUGAAAUAGAUUAAAAUUUGCCAUUGAGACACACGGAGUAAAGGAUGGGGUAGAAUGGCCAUAAAUAAUGAUACGAUAGGUAUAGUCUUGUUCGUGCUCGCAAUAUUUGCUGCUAUAUUAAAUGUUUUGUCAAUUGUUUAUAAACUGUGUAAGGACUUCACAACACCUAAACUUUGGAAAUAUUCCCUGUUAUAUCAGGAUACCGCAUACUGUUGUCUCUCUUUAGGAUUAUUGGUGUUUUUUAUCUAUUCGUUUGGUGCCGAUACCUCUGUUUGUGACGCCGCUGGCUUUUUCCUUUUAUUUGGAAUCGUUCAGUGUUUGCUAUCAUAUAUAACAACCGGGAUAAUAUUAUUGUCCAUACAAAAUCCAGGAAAAUCGUCAUCAAUAUCAAAUUUCCACAGGAAUAUUUUUAUCGUGAUUGUAACACCGGAAAUUAUUAUAGGGUGUCUUCUAUCCAGUCUCCCUUAUAUAUCGGACAGACUGUUCAACACUGACUUACCAUUUGAUAUUGCAUGUUUCCCUAUUAGGGACCACGGACAACAAGGAGCAGCCUAUGGCACAUUGUUGGUUGCUAUAUGCUGGAUUGUAGUUAUUGCUAUUGCUGUCUGUGAUGUCAUUAUCGCCUUAAAAUUAUGGAAAUUCAACAAUAGAAUUCAUUCUGCACAGAAUAACGUUUGGCAAGCACAGCUUAUUGUUCAAGGAAAAAUACUCGUUAUAGUGUUGCUGAUUGAACACGUUGUGUGUAUUGUGGUUAUCUUAACAACAACUCUUAGCAUUUAUGUAAAUGUAGAUAUAUUCAGCAACAAUAAAACAUGGAUUGUGAUGACGUCAUUAGCUGUAUCUGUCAUUGUUCACGGUGUAGUAUCUAAUAUAUGCAACGUGAUGUGGACAUCCUGCUGUUGCCGAGAUAAUAGUGCGGUCAAAGAACCUCACAGAAAAUUAAAGAAAUUGGAACUCCUAAAUAUUGAGACUACGGGCAAACUUCGUAUGAAAGCAACAUGGACUAUAGGUAAACACGCGACCAAGCGAGGACUGAUGAAGGUGUAUGGAACCAACCAUCUGAAAACAUGGGCCCAGGAGAUUGUUAUGUUGGGAAUGUUGAGGAGAAUUCAGCACCCGAGUCUUAUACAGUGUCUGUGGACAAACAGUUCCAAUCCUUAUUACGAGACAAUGACGCUUAUAUCAGGGGAGAUAAUUACAAGUGAUUCUAGAAUAAUAUGUCUUGAGCUGACAAAUGGCGGAACGCUCCAUGAUUUUUUACAAAAAGCCGAACUUCCACUUCCGGAACAGUGUCAGCGUAUGAUUGUACAUGAUGUCGCUGAGGGUUUGUUCUAUCUUCACCAUGAAAAUAUUCUACAUAACAACUUGAGCACAUCCUGCGUUUACCUCAAAGGCUCACUACAGCCAGAUACACACAAGGGGAACACAAAAAGCAUGGUUCUGAGGGCAGCAGUUGGUGAUUUUGAGGAGGCCCUUAUUUAUGGAACAUUACAACAAAGUGUUGACAAUUCAGUGAAAGACAAGCGGCACUUCUUUCUGCCGGAUAUACGGUCGUUUGCACUUGUUGCACUUCAAGUCGUGUCUAGAAUGUCUGAAAAAAAGUUUCAAAACAGAUAUGUACAUUACAAUGCUGAACACGUGCCGCUUAAACUUAACUUGACCAGUGUCAUAUCUGACGAAGAAGAUGAGUUUCAAGCACAAUAUUCUUAUGAAGCUGAAGAUACGCAUAGGAUGUUUCGUGCAAUUCAUGAUGAUGAUAAUUUUUCUAGUGAUGAGAGUGAAGAAAACUUUCAAAUUGGAAAGAAAGAAAGCGGAUCUUUAGCGAAUCUGACUUCCCCGCGGCGUGCAAUGUCACCACUUUACACUGGAAGAGAUGUAAGCACACCAGAUACAAUAAUUGAUAGCGGUGACUCCGACAAUGACACAUGUAAUGCCGAUGUGUCCGAGAAUCCAACAACUCAAACAAAUAUACCUCGUUCGAAAAAUAAUAUUACAGAAUUAGCAGAUGCUAAUGAACGUUUGAACAAAAGUCAUGAAAAGUCAAUUGUCAGUAGUAAAAAGCUCAGCACUAGAGCUAAAUCGAAAAGUGUUGACAGUUUAGGCAACGAUUCCGCGAACCUUUUUAGACAGUUUGAUAGUGGUAGGUGUGUUUCACCUGACCCGAUGAAGGACGAAACGUUGCAGAAACUCAGAAAGGAAACUAAAUCAAGUGCUAUGAUAAACAAGAAAGAAAGAAAAUUUUCUUUCAGUAGGAAGAAAUCCGAAGAAGAAUUUUUUCAGAAUGGCAAAAUGGAAGCUUUUGUUAAGUCUGAUGCAAGACAAAACGAAAAGCGUAAGGAUGGAAAAUGGCUGAACAAACCAGGUUCAAUUCUGAAAUCUAUAACAAGUAAUGACACCACCGUAUCAGUCUUCAAAGCAAAACCUACCGAUGAAGAAAGUCAUCUGGAUGCAAUAGAGGAAGAGGACAUUUCACCAGGCCAAAGUUCAUUUCCAAGACAGGUCAAAGUUAAAGAGGCUAAAAUAAAUAAGCCUGAAGUAUGGGAUAUUAUUGAUGAGCAAUAUUAUACGCAAGUGAAUAAAAAAGCAUUAAACAAAUUAAAAAAGACAGUGUCAGGGGAGUCGAGAUCAAGUCUUUGGUCAUUCAUUUCUACUCCAGAAGAUCUUGACGAGGAUGACAUGGAUGAUAUACUUGAAUGUUUACCCGGAAUGACCGAUCCUUUUGAAUACCGAAAACCGGAAAUAACGGUCAGCGACAUUAUGGCUGAACGUGACUAUGCAAAGAAGAAAGAUUCAUCGAAAAAGAAAUUCAACUUCACACAAAUGUCAAAAUCCAAAUUUGAGUUGAUUGACUACUACGAAAUGUUGAAAGCUAAACAGAUCACUAUCAACGACAUUCCUGAAGACAAACGUGAAAUGUUAUUAAAUGUGGUAGAGCUAAAACUAGAGGAAAAAAGAAAAAGAGACCACACUGUUAAUACAGUUAUUCGAAGCGAUGAAAUGUACGAUAAUAAUAUGAGUCCGGUCAGUACAUGCAAUAACAGUAACUCGGGUAAAGUAAAAAUGGUAAGUUUCAGAAAAACUCAGAGUCCUUCUUCACCUCUACGGCAUCCGUUUCCGGCAGAAAAUGAUCCAAGACUUGACCGUGCAAGGUCAGCACCGUUGAAAAGGUCUAGAACACCUGUGAUUAAGCCACCUACUGAAAAAACACCAGAACUUAAUCCAGCAUUUCAUGAUAGUAAGGCAGUCACAUAUGCAAAACGUAACAGGGCGAGGGCUGCGCUGAAACGAGCUAUACAUAAUAAAGGUAAACAGUCACUUCCAAGACACGCAUUGGAAAGAGGACAACAGGAUUUGGCAGUAAAAUAUGCCACCGUCCGAAAAGUAGCAUAUGGUUCAAACGAAGCUCAAAAUAAGGCUGAAGCUGGCGAGUUGAUAACUGUACCAGUACCGACAAGUGAAAGUUUCUCGAUAAUGAAUCAGAAAAUGCAGAAAAAUCAUGUCAAGCGGUUUUCGAGUUUUAGCAGCAACGAAAGUGCUAGCACUCUAAGUUCAAGUGAAAGGCAAAGAACGGCUGACACUUCACUGACAAGUGGUGAGUUAUCCUCUCUAUCAUCACAAGCUGAAAGUGAACAUUACGAAACGGAUUAUCACAUGACCAGUGUUGAAAAUGAAAUUAAAUUACAUUCAGAAGGGAGAAAAACGAUACAAACACCAUCAUCACGUGUUGAUAGCGGUUUUGACAGUAGCUCGAUUAGUAGUGAGAUGUCAGAUGCAUUUACAAAUAGAAAACUGCAUUUAAAUACACAGUUUCAAAUUGCAAGUAAUAAAGGUGUUGUAGACUCAUGGGCAAGAAAUUACAAAAUGGUUGACAGCAGUUUAGACUUGACACCAAACUCGGUUGCAAACAAAUGUCUACCUCCUGUUGGUAGUCUUUCCGAACAAACGUCAACUGGUGAAAAUAAAAAUGUAAAUGAUAACAAACUAAUCGUUAACACAGACAGGGAGUGUGUAAAAUCAGAUAUAUCACGCGGAAAAGGUAAUAAUGUGCGAAACAGAAAACGUGCUAUCCCGCGUAGGCAAAAUGAGUCUCAUACGCUUAACAUAACACCAUAUACGACAGUAUCUAGUCGACCUGACCCUCCCCACAGCCGAUCUAUGUCACCACCAAGCCGAAUAAUGUCCCCUGUUGGACGACCAAUGUCUCCUAGCCGGUCACUCUCUCCAACAUCAUCAAGGCAAUCUCUGUCAAAUGGUUAUGAAAACGCAACUAAUAUAACACAAACAGCACGACCUAUGUCACCUGAUGUAAGACCAAAGUCUCCUAUAUCUAGGCCGAUGUCACCGUUGAAUCGACCUAUGUCUCCAAAUGUUCAGCCUACUAACAACUAUGCAGUUAAGUCAAAUUCGACAUCGUCAAUUUCAAGAGCUUUAUCACCAACAGCGGGUCUUCCAAAGACAAUUAAUUCAAAACCAUUUUCACCUGGGCGAAAGUUAAGCCGACCUGUUUCACCCAAAGAAAAAUCAACAGUACCCGAUACAUCAAAGGAAGGGUUAAAUACAAAUGAUGUUUCAGACAGUGUGAGUCUGGCUGAAUCCUCAACAUCAAAAGCAUCCAAAAGAUAUAGAGAACUCGUAAAGAAAGGUGUUCCUCUGCGAACAUCAGUAAUUGAUGCUAGUCCAACCCGACUUGAAGGUCACUUAAACGAAUUAGAUACCCGACCGGCAACUGCUGAAAGCAUGUUCGAAGAACCACCAGAUGACCAAGAACUGUUCGAAAACCUUGAGGCAAAUGGAUUCUUUGCUAAUAGAGCAAGAUCACGUUCACCAAGUCCAAAUAAAUUUUGUAGUUCAGGCCAAAGCAAAAGGUCUGCGAACAACAAACCUAAUGGCAAACACGCAGGUACAAGACGAAAGAAGAAGAGACCGAUUCCUUUAGAAGAGAUUGUACGUGAAAGUCCAGACUCUCGUAAAGGAAAGCCACAUAGGUCUGCGAGCAAAAAUCAUCUUGCAGUAACAGAUGAAGCUAUACUUAAUCAACCAACAUCAGAAGAUUCAGAAACAUGCAGUAUUAAGACAAAUAAAAGUAGUACGUCCUCACCAUCUGGAUCAAAGCCAAAAAUGAUGAUUGAUGCCGAACUUGUAAUUGAUAGGAUAUUCUCGCAGAAUCAACAUGAAAAUAAUGAAUUAGAUGUAGAAGUCGAGGCAGCACUAGGUUUGGACAAAGAUCCUUUCAAAGCUGUGAAGGAGAUGUACCUGGAAAAUGGUCCAUGUGAAACACCAAACCUGAAUGAAAUACCAUUGUUGAACGGUGUUACUCAGAAACAUGUACAUGAAUGCAUAGAAAUGGUCUCAGGUUUGCACGUGCUUUCUCUACGUGACCUUCUUCCGGCAUCACAAACAAGUUUUCAAGUUCUCCGAAACAAACUUCAGCAAGUUGGACAACUUGGAACAGUUGGCAAUCAGCUGUUGGAUGUGAUACAUAAAUGUUGGUUACAAGAUAUGCCGCCAUCAUCUGGUGAUCUUGUUGAACAACUUACUGAUCCUGUCACCGAAACUGAACUAUAGUAUAACUGUUCAGAACAAGAUAUGC